AUGGCUCAGCGACAGCAGAAAGAGGUCCUCUCUGGGUGGAAGAACGGCGUCCGAGUGGCAGCUCCCUUUCUGCUCUUACCUUACUCACUAAACCCCAACUGCUGCAUGAUCCAUCAGGAUGACUUCUUCAAGCCCCAGGAUCAGAUAGAAGUUGGUGAAGAUGGCUUUAAGCAGUACGAUGUCAUCACUGCUCUGGACAUGGACGCCAUGAUGAGGAGGAUCUACGCGUGGCUGGAGAACCCGGUGAAGUUUGAGAAGUCUCAUGGCGUUAAUAACACCCUGGACACAGAGAUGGUCCUGAAGUCUGACCACAAGGAGGAGGAGGAGGAGACUCACAUUCUCACUGUGGAGGGCUUCCUGCUUCACACCUACAGGCCUUUGAUGGACGUGCUAAACCAGCGUUACUUUAUUUCUAUCCCAUAUGAAGAGUGCAAAAAGAGGAGGAGCUCUAGGAAGUCCACGGUACCAGACCCCCCCGGCCUGUUCUAUGUCCACGUCUGGACCAUGGACCUGCAACACAAGAACAUCUGCUCACUGUGGAAGAUUACUGAGAGCAGCUUUUAGUGAUGCAGAACACUAUGAUGUUUGCUGAGCUGUGCACUAUUAAAUGACAUUGCAUUGUUAAUUAUGUCUAUAAGUUGGUUCAGGAUGUUCUUUUUUUUUUAGUUCUGCACUUUAUUUUAAGAUUUACAGUUAUUAAUAAAAAAGUUCCCAAAAUGUCUUUGAACCGUACUGAAUUUAUUUGGUUUUGAUAGUCAGUUAUUGGUUACAUGCAGAUGCUAAUAAAACUAGCAGGUUA